UGCUGAAAAGAGCAACAUACGCAGGUCUGAGCGUGUAUAUAUACAGCUGAAGGAAAGCUCUUUGGUUUCACAGCUGUUUGUACUGAUUGACAAUGGCUGUGCUGGGAAUUUUGGCGGCUUUGGGACUUUUCCUGGGUGCUGCAAAUGCAGCCACUUUGGGAGUCGUAUACACAGAGGGAGGAAUGGUGGAGGGGAAGAAUAAUGUAGUAGGACUCUUCCGCUACAUGGACGUUUUUAAGGCGAUCCCCUUUGCUGCCCAGCCAGGACGAUUCCAGAAACCUGUCCCUCACCCUGGAUGGACUGGUGUUCUGAAGGCCACAGACUUUGCUAAGAGGUGCCUGCAAUUAGACCUGCUUCAGACUGGAACUCGUGGCAGUGAGGACUGCCUGUACCUCAACAUCUGGGUCCCUCAGGGCCGUUCAGUCUCUACUGGCCUGCCUGUCAUGAUCUUCUUCUAUGGUGGAGCAUUCCUGUGGGGUGGUUCUCAGGGGGCUAACUUUCUAGAUAACUACCUAUACAGCGGUGAGGAGAUCGCGGACAGGGGGAACGUCAUUGUGGUGACGGCGAACUACCGUGUCGGCACCCUUGGAUUCCUCAGCUCAGGAGAUUCAGAAUUACCUGGUAACUACGGUCUAUGGGACCAGCAUGCUGCUAUUGCCUGGGUGAACAGGAACAUCAAGGCUUUUGGAGGAGAUCCUGACAACGUCACCAUCUUUGGAGAGUCUGCUGGCGGAGCCAGUGUGAGCUUCCAGAUGCUGUCCCCCCACAACAAAGGCUUGAUCCACAGAGCUAUAUCCCAAAGCGGUGUUGCUCUGUGUCCAUGGGCUGUUAACAGAAAUCCUAGGGCAUACGCUGAGCAGGUUGCUCAGAGGGUGGGCUGUCCCACUGACCAGACCAUGUUCAGCUGCCUGAAGAUGACUGACGCGGUCGAGCUCACUCUUGCUGGCACUAUUAGCCUGGAUGGCUCUCCAGCAAACCCCAUAGUGAAGAACUUGGCGCUGUCCCCUGUGAUCGAUGGUGAUUUCCUCCCCGAUGACCCCAGCACCCUUUUCAGCAACGCCGCUGACAUCGACUAUCUUGCUGGAAUCAAUGACAUGGAUGGCCACAUAUUCACAGGCGUUGAUGUUCCAUCUGUCAACCAGCCCCUUCAUUCCACCCCUGUGGAAGAUGUGAAGGAGCUCCUGACCUCCUUAACCAGUGAGAAGGGUCGAGAGGCUGCAGCUGCUGCCUUCGAUCAGUACACGGCUAACUGGGGAAGCAACCCUGCCAAAGACGACAUCAAGAAAACUGUGGUGGACAUUGAGACUGACUACAUCUUCCUGGUGCCGACUCAGACGGCCCUGUACCUGCACGCCAAACACGCCAACACGGCUCGUACCUACUCAUACCUAUUCACCGAGCCCAGCCGCAUGCCUGUCUAUCCCAGCUGGGUGGGGGCUGACCAUGCCGAUGACCUGCAGUAUGUGUUCGGAAAGCCCUUCGCUACUCCUCUAGGCUACUUCCCCCGUCACCGCAAAGUCUCCAAAUACAUGAUCGCUUACUGGACCAACUUCGCCAAGACUGGUGACCCCAACACAGGAGAGUCUGACGUGCCCGUAGCCUGGCCCAGGUUCACUGAAGAAGGCCACCAGUUUGUGGACAUCAACCACAGCAUGGGCAAGGACUCUGUCAAGCAGAAAUUGAGGACUCGCUUCGUCUACUUCUGGACCAGCACCUUCGCCAGCUUCCCUAAUGUCAACUAAACCCUUCACAGCUCCAUCCCCAGUUAAUUAGUAGCUGCCAUACACUGUAUACACUGUAACACAGGCUGCGCAUUCUGCUGUGAUUACUGCAUCAAAUUACUUGUCAGACAAUAAAACAGUUCAUCUGUCCAUCAAAGUCAGCGUCUUCAAACUAGUCUUUGGCACCUCUGGCUAGUAUUCAUCUUUGUUUUGCUUGAUUUACUAACACACCUGCACCAUGGAAUCACAUUUAUGCAGUGCUUGAUUACCUGGAUCUGUUGUGUUUGGAGCUGGAAUGAAUAAAAAUGUGAACUGGCUGAGAACCUC